GGCAGCGAGGGGGCGAUGGGUCCCUGGGCGCUCCUGCUAGCCGGGCUCCUGCAGCCCUGCGCCGUGGCCGCUCUCUCGGGGAACAGCCUGCCGCCCGAGGCCAGGAUGGGCGCCAGCGUCGGCCCCGCAGAGACCCCGCCGGCGCCCAGCGCCACCCCCGUCGAGGAGACCCGGCUCCAGGUCUUCACCCUGGAUUACCCCCACGUCCAGGUGCCUUUCGAGAUCACCCUCUGGAUCCUGCUGGCUUCUUUGGCCAAGAUCGGUUUUCAUCUCUAUCACAAGUUGCCCCAUGUAGUGCCUGAGAGCUGCCUCCUUAUUCUGGUUGGAUUAAUUCUAGGAGGGAUUAUGUUUGGAGUACAAGAAACAUCUCCCCCUGUGAUGAAAAGUGAUGUCUUCUUCUUGUAUCUUCUUCCUCCAAUUGUCCUUGAUGCUGGCUAUUUUAUGCCAACACGCCUCUUCUUUGAGAACUUUGGUACUAUUUUCUGGUAUGCAGUUGUGGGAACUCUCUGGAAUUCCUUUGGAAUUGGCAUUUCACUCUUUGCCAUUUGCCAGGUUGAUACCUUUGGUCUGACUGACAUCACCCUGCUGCAAAGCCUCCUCUUUGGCAGCUUGAUUUCAGCUGUGGAUCCUGUAGCAGUGUUGGCUGUUUUUGAAAACAUUCAUGUCAAUGAGCAAUUGUACAUCCUAGUUUUUGGGGAGUCACUCUUGAAUGAUGCUGUAACAGUGGUCCUGUACAAUUUAUUCAAGUCUUUUUGCCAGAUGCGUACAAUUGAAGCCAUUGACGUAUUUGCUGGAAUUGCUAAUUUCUUUGUAGUUGGCAUUGGUGGAGUCUUGAUUGGAAUCAUACUGGGAUUUGUUGCAGCAUUUACUACUCGUUAUACUCACAAAAUCCGAGUGAUUGAGCCACUCUUUGUCUUCUUAUACAGUUACUUGGCAUACAUAACAGCUGAAAUGUUUCACCUUUCAGGCAUUAUGGCGAUUACAGCUUGUGCUAUGACUAUGAACAAAUAUGUGGAGGAGAAUGUUUCUCAAAAGUCGUACACUACAAUAAAAUAUUUCAUGAAGAUGUUGAGCAGUGUCAGUGAGACGCUUAUCUUUAUUUUCAUGGGAGUAUCUACAAUUGGAAAAAAUCAUGAGUGGAACUGGGCUUUUGUUUGCUUCACUCUCCUGUUCUGUUUGGUUUGGCGUGCACUAGGGGUUUUUGCAUUGACUCAAAUCAUUAAUGUGUUCCGGACAAUUCCUAUAACAUUUAAGGACCAAUUUAUUAUUGCCUAUGGAGGCCUCCGAGGAGCCAUAUGUUUUUCACUUGUUUUCCUGCUUCCAUCUGCUGUGUUCCCCAGAAAGAAGCUUUUCAUUACAGCUGCUAUUGUGGUGAUAUUCUUUACUGUCUUCAUUCAGGGAAUAACAAUUCGCCCACUUGUGGAAUUUCUUGAUGUUAAAAAAGCAAAUAAAAAGCAACCUGCUGUCAGUGAAGAAAUUUAUUGUCGGUUCUUUGAUCAUGUCAAGGCUGGUGUUGAAGAUGUGUGUGGACAUUGGGGUCAUAACUUUUGGAAAGAUAAGUUUAUAAAGUUUGAUAAGAAGUAUCUGAGGAAACUUCUAAUUAGGGAAAGUCAGCCCAAAUCAAGUAUAGUAGCUCUAUACCAGAAACUUGAAAUAAAACAUGCCAUUGAGAUGGCAGAGAAUGGAAUGAUGACAACAGUACCAUCUCUAGCUUCUCUCAGUGAGCUUCAAGAAGAAGAAAAAAGAAUUCCUUCUUAUCCUGCCCUUACGGAUGAUAUAAGAGAUAUUUUAACGAAGAAUCUCUAUCAAAUACGACAGAGAACACCAUCAUACAACAGAUACAGUCUUGCUGAAGAUGCAAAUGAAAAACAAGCUAAAGAAAUCUUGAUUCGUCGGCGACACAGCCUGAGGGAGAGCAUUAGGAAGAGCAACAGCCUGUCGAGACCGCCAGCUUCCAAAGCAGCACGUUACCUUUCACUUCCUAAAAACACUAAACUUGCUGAGAAAGUACGGAAGAGAAAUCAGGCUUCUUUCAAAGUAAGUGACAACAGUGACCUCGAACCCGAUCCUACCUCGGUGCUGAAUUUAAAGUCAGAAGCUGGAAGAAUUUUAAGAGACCAGAGACUUCGACAGCAGCAAUGUCGGUUUGAAUUGAAGAAUGAAAUGGAAAAGAAGGAUAACAGAGAGCCAGUGAGCCAUCCUCUGGGAACCAGAGCCUUCAGGCAGCCACUGCUGCCAAGACCAACAUUUGGCACUGUGAAUGAAGAAGAGUCAGCAGAAGAAGACAAAUCAGCAAAGCCAGUUCCACCACCUCGGCUAGCCCGACAGGCAUCAAAAGCUGAAAGGCCCCGAGAUAAAUCUGAGAAUGAACCAUAUUGAAAACCAAUAAACAGAGUAAUUAUAUCAAUCAAGAACAGAUCUGAUAGGUUAGCACUCUGUAGACUGUAAGUGGUCAACUGGAUCCAUUUAAAGGUAUGAUCCCAGAUACUGGUGUGAAAUGAAAAUAAAAGAAGACUAUGUUCUUUCAUUAGUUGCCAGGAGAGAAAAAGGAUCUUUACCUGCUGUAUGGAGCCAAAUAAUGCAACAAUUUUGCAUUUUUUCUAAUUUCUGUAAUGAAGGGAAGCUUUAUCAAGUAUGUAUUGUAUUUUUAGUAUGCACAAUGUGUUUUGUUGUAAAAGCUGUCAAUGGUAAAUUUGACUAUGAGUUGCACUGAAAAAUUGCACAAUGCACCUCUUUUUAAUGGCACUUGCAAGAACUCAUUCCCUAAAGUGUGUGCAAAGUAUGGCUUGAAUGUGGGAUAUGCUCCCCUUGGGACUAUUUUGUGGCCGCCAGAGCCCCCACCACCUUGCCAGGGGCCAAAAAAAUUUGCACAAUUUUUUUCAAUUUUGAGUUCCAAAUAAUCCCAGAUGUACUCUCAGGGCAUUUCCACUACAUUUGGAGCUCUCCCUGCCCACUUGAAGGUAAAAACAAUUUUGCAUUCCCCCCCUCCCUCCAAGAAACAUCUUUCUAGCCCCACAUUUUCCAAAAUGUCCACAGUGGUAUUCAGAGAACAGAUCUCUGAAUCAAGGAAAUACUUUUUUAAAGCACUCAUGCCCACAGAGGCUUUAGGGGAAAACUUUUUUUUAUCUGUGGGAGAAGUUGUGGCCCUCCAUGGUCUCCUGGGUGGCUAAUGUGCCUCCCUAGCCUUCCACAGCUGCUUAGCUCUUCUCUUAAGGGCACACAAGACACUGAAAACACAAUCAUUUCCAGAGCUGCGCUGAAGAGGGAAAGGCUGCAGUGGUAAACUGUUAAAUGUCUUAACAGUGGCCACCAUAUACAUGCUUAUGCGGAAGUAAAGCUUGUUGAGUUCAAAGGGGCUUAUUCCUUGGGGUCAUGGUGUAGUAGUUUGAGCAUUGAACUAUGACUGUGUAGAACAGUAUUUGUUUCCCCACUUGGCCAUGGAAACCCACUUAGUGACCUUGGGUGAGUCACACAGUCUCAGUUCCAGAAAACCCUUUGGUUUGGGUCACCAUAAAUUGAAAACAGUUUGAAGGCGCAAAACAAUAACAAAAACAAAUUGGGUGAAGGACUGCAGCCCUCAUCAUGCUUGAACAUGUUACUCUGCAGCAGCGGCAACUAUACAUUGUAGCCUGUGAGGUAGUUGACAUUCUCUUGUUUUCUCUUCCAGUCUAUCCUCCCCUUUGAUUGCCAUAGCAAAUGGCACUGAAUCAGCUACAGAAGUUGUUUAUACAAUUGAGAGAUGUACAAUAUAUAAAUCUUAUUUAACUGAUGAAAUUUCUCAAUGUGUUGCAGUCUGUACUGUUAUUAUUUGGCUCAGGUAAUAUGAAGGAUGUUUCAAAGAUGUCUAAAUUCUAAACCCUUGUAAAUAUGAUGAGAUAAAUGCCUAGACAUACUUUUUUACCAACAAGAGUUGAACGAGACAAAAUUAUUUAUUCAAUAAAAUAUAUUUUA